ACAUUUGAAUGUCCCCCUUGUUUGGCUUCGGACAAAAAAAAAGCAUUUUUAAUUUCAUUUUCAUCGCUAUGCUUGUGCGAAUAUCAAUAUUGCUGGAUAUAGGCCGAGACCAAAGAUUAAAAAAGAAAUGAACAAUCAUAUAUUGCUUGUUAUAUUCACCUGCACUUCUGUUGCAUGGUGUUCUUCUGGUGAUAGGUCUGAGUUUUAUCGAACCUGUGUGGCAAAGUGCUACAAAGAGAAAUGUCGAGCACAGCAAGGUGAUGGCUUCAUUUGGAAAUGUCCGGAUGAAUGCAAGUAUGACUGCAUGUGGAAUACAGUUGAUGAAUUUGUGAAAAAUGGGAGAACCACACCUCAGUUCCAUGGCAAGUGGCCAUUUGUGUGCUGGUUGGGAAUGCAAGAGCCAGCCAGUGCCAUCUUUUCACUCAUGAACCUGAUGUGUCAUGUAGUAAUGCUGAGGCAUUUCAGGACACUUGUGCCUCAGCAUGCACCACUUUAUUGGCUGUGGAUCACAUACGCACUGGUGUGUAUGAAUGGCUGGUUCUGGUCCUUUGUGUUCCACACCAAAGACACUGACUCCACAGAGAAGCUGGACUAUUUCUCUGCCUUCUCCAUGGUUCUCUUCUCCUUUUAUUCGGCCUGCAUCAGGCUACUAGGCUCCCAAAUGAGCCUUCCUUCGAUUGCGGUCUCUCUUCUCUGCAUGGGCUUCUUGAUAUACCACCUGUCGUACUUGUCUCUGGUCAGAUUUGACUAUGGCUACAACAUGAAAGCCAACAUCUUUGUAGGCGCCCUGAACGUGAUCACUUGGCUGGUAUGGUGCGGUCUGAAGCGGAGGACGCUGCCCUACGUGUGGAAAUGCGCCCUUACCGUGACGCUUGUGUCCGUCUCCAUCCUACUGGAGACUGCCGACUUCCCGCCCAUAGCGUGGACACUAGACGCGCAUGCGCUCUGGCAUCUGAGCACGUCACCGCUGCCUUUGCUCUGGUACAGUUUCCUCAUCGAUGACUGCCGACACCAGUUAGGAGUGAAGAAGCUGGAAAAGUCGGUGUGAUACCGGAGAUAGCUCGUGCCUUGAUCGUACACCGCAACUGCUAAGGGUUUGGCGCUGUGUGAACAAAUUGCAAGCCAUCAUUUCUGGAUUCCUGAAGAGGACGGGACAAAUUUCCACAUCCGCUAGUCUCUGCAUCGUAUUUAUAGCUGUUAUAGUUAUAGCUGCUCCGCUGGCCGUUGCGAUGCUUGCAUGGCAUGUCGUGCCGGUGGUGCCCACUUGUGUUCAGUAGGGAAAUGUAUCAAUGAUGAGUGAUCAGGGACUUCAAAAUAAGGUCAUGUAUAGAGAGCGUCGGAUGAUUGACUCGCCAAUGUUACCCUACGAUGUUGAUUGUUACAUGACUGUUGUUGCUCAGCUGGUGUAGGUAUAGGUACUAGUUAGUAAUUGUAUCGUGAUUCCAUACCCAUUAUUGUUCGGUGAUCAGCACGACUAUAAAGGAUUGCUGGUUUUCCGUGUGAGGCUUUAUUAUGAAUCAUUCAUAUCGAUAUAUGGCGCUAUCAUUUGCUAUCAUAUUGGAGAAAGCCGUAGUCGUACGCAUGUGCUUUCUGCUGUGAUAAUUUUAUUGGUUUCAUCGUCGAUUGAUUUUGUUGUUUGGUCCGACGAGGAUGGGACAAAUGACCGAUGAACUUGUCAGCGAAAUCUGAUGAGUUCUCAGACUGAAUAUCAUACAUACUUGUAGGAGUACGUACCUAUGCUUCUACAGUCUGCAGCGUCAAACACCGGCUUUCUGAAUCCGCCAAAGGUUACGACCAAAUUACAAAUGAGCAUGAGACGAUUUCACUUACUUAAUGCUUUUGUUUUUUUUUCAAGCUCCUAGUGGUUUACAAGAUUGGUGAUUGUUUAACGUUCGUGGUUUGGUGCUGCCCUAAAUGUAAGCAUACAUCCUGUUUCAUUCCUCAAUCCUUUCUCGUCGCUGAUAGCGAGUGGUUUUGUUACAAGCAAUAAAUAAAAUAACCAAACUA